CUUUUUCAAGAUUUCCACUCCUAUCCCUGUUUCUUCUUCUUCUUUUUCUUCUUCUUUGUCAGCUGGAACGUUGCGUUCAAGGUUGUUCUCUGUACUUCUGAAAGCUAGGUUCAUGUCUGAGCACGACGUCCAAAUCCCUACCACCUUUGAUCCGUUCGCUGAUGCAAAUGCUCAGAACUCAGGUGCAGGUGCGAAAGAAUAUGUGCAUAUACGAGUUCAACAGCGAAAUGGCAGGAAAAGUCUGACUACCGUUCAAGGCCUGAAGAAAGAAUUCAGCUACAAUAAAAUUCUCAAGGACCUCAAGAAGGAAUUUUGCUGCAAUGGUACCGUUGUGCAGGAUCCAGAACUUGGCCAGGUUAUCCAACUUCAAGGCGAUCAGCGGAAGAAUGUUUCAGCCUUCCUCAUACAGGCUGGCAUUGUGAAGAAGGAAAACAUCAAGAUUCAUGGUUUCUAAACACAAGCAAAGGAAGGGGAUUGAAGCAUUUGUGUGCAACUUCCAGUUUUUUUGCCUUAUCAAGAGCGCGCGACGUACGACAGUUUCUGAGUAUAAUUGUUUUUUGUGGCAUUUCUCAUAUAGCAGAAGCUGGUAUUAGUAGCUUGAUGUGCAGAUCAGUAUAUGAAAAAUCUGGUAGUUGUUUUGUGUGCUGCUUUUCUUGAGUCCCCAAUGGAGGUGGAGAAAAAUCUCCAAAAAUUUACCAGAUUAUAUUAUAUUAAUUCAGAUGAACAUCUGUGUCAUUCUGUAUAUAAUUUACUAUCAAUAUUCAUUUGCUUAUUUCAUGAGCU